GUACGAAAGUGACUCUCUCCUGAUAUUGCUCUGUGUUUCCCGGACAGGACUAACACGUCGAUAAGAAUAAACCUCCUUCCAUGGGCGAUGACAUCACCACAAGAUCCUCCGUUCCCACUGGGGAGUAACGCGUCAUAACUGAUGGCGCAGUCCUCAGCGCACAUAUAACGGAGUAAAAACAGCCUAUUCUUACAUCGUUAGUUCCACCUCGUGAACCAUAUACUCUUCUCUUUUUUGCGAUCACCAAGAUAAUGCCGACGCCAACCACUCAAACCCAGGACGCGCCCCCGACCGCGCCCGGCGGUGAGCCGUACCCCGAGCAGAAGCACGCGGGCGCUGUCGGUUAUGGACCGGAAUACCACAAGGGAGCAACCUUUGGGGACAAGAUGGAAGGUAUGAAGGAAGAGCUGAAGGGCAAGGUGACGAAGAACCCCGAUCGUGCCCAACAUGGACGCGAAAUGCGUACUGGCGUAUUGAAGGAGAAGCACGAGGAGGAUGAUGUGGACCCCUUCGCAUCUGCGCAGGACCAGCAGCAGCCGAGCACACCGGCCUCUGGUGCUGGCGGCGAUUCCGAGCAUCAGAGAGCAGCAGCGGUCGCGCCGGAGGACACCGCGAAGGGACAGAAGCAGGCUGCUGGCGAGCGGGUGCAGGACCAACGAGUGAUCGACGAAGCGUCCUGAUUAUGACAGGAGCACGCUUUAAUCCAAUACAUCGGCAUGCACACCUAUGUUACUUGAACACUGCCAAUAAUAUGUAUCAAUGAACCUCA